UUUCUUUAUUUUCUGAGCAAGUUUAGGUUGCAUUAAUAAAAAAAGAGGAGUACAAUAGGUGUAGGGAAUUAAUUGGAGCAAUAGAUUCGGCCAACAUCGAAAGUAGCUAGGCUUUUAAGCCCGUAGCAGUGAGAUUGGCCGUUGGCCCAAAAAGACAAGCCUUUUGGAGUUCCAAACUCGAUCUGAUAGUAUUCCGGCUUGUACCUAAAAUCGAGAUUUUUAUAUUCCAUAUUCCCAUGGUAAUACAUUUGGGGCCUUAAAGAGAAAAUAAAGAUGGGAGUUUAGGAAGAUUGGGCCGAGGAAUGGACAUCCAGCCCAGUACUGGAAGGCAGGCUAGCGAAUCCCGGUGGCAUGAUUACUGCAGUCUGGUGCUCUCUGGGAGAGAAUCAGAGAAAGAAGAGAAGACGUGAAUGAAUCAUGUUUACAAAGCAGAGACACUACUGGGCAAAGAGGCUCACUUGUCAUUCAUAUUCAUGGACACCCAUCAGCUCCAACUCUCUAACUUUCCCUUCAGAUUUCCAUUCUGCAUUCGAAGACCAUCAAACCCACUACCGUUUUCUUGAAGCCUGCAAACUCUCCUUGAAUUCCAGAGCUGCAACUGAGACACAUGCAAGAAUCAUUAUGUUUGGGUAUGGGAACUAUCCUUCUCUUGUAGCUUGUUUAAUAUCAACUUAUGCACGUUGUGAUCGUAUGAAUCUGGCUCGUCAAAUUCUCGAUCAAGUUUUUUGUUGGGAUUUUGAUUUGGUCUCCGUGAAUAUAAUUAUUGAAAGUCUUAUGAAAAAUGGAGAAUGUGAUUUUGCCAAGAAGGUAUUUUACAAAAUGCCCACCCGAGAUGCGGUGACAUGGAACUCAAUCAUUGGAGGUUUUGUUAAGAAUGCGCGUUUCCAGGAGGCAUUGAGAUUUUUCAGGGACAUGCUGAGCUCGAAUGUAGAACCUGAUGCACCUACGUUUGCUUCUAUAAUGAGUGGGUGUGCACGGUUUGGAUCUCUAAAAAAUGCUCAGUGGGUGCAUGCUCUGAUGAUUGAGAAAAAUAUUGAACUGAAUUCUAUACUGAGUGCUGCACUAGUAGACAUGUACGCCAAGUGUGGUAGAAUCCAAACUGCAAAAGAAGUUUUUGAUAGCAUCAGGCGCAAUGAUGUGUCUGUUUGGAAUGCAAUGAUUAAUGGGCUAGCAAGUCACGGUCUUGGUUCCGAUGCACUUGCAUUAUUUUCAAAGAUGGAGCUGGAAAAUGUUUUGCCUGACUCGAUAACUUUCAUUGCGAUUUUAACAGCAUGUAGCCACUGUGGUUUGGUUGAACAGGGUUGCAAGUACUUCGAUUUAAUGAGAAAUUGUUACUCAAUUGAGCCACAACUUCAGCAUUAUGGAGCCAUGGUUGAUCUCUUGGGUCGAGCGGGGCUUCUAGAAGAGGCUUAUGCCAUAAUUGAUUCAAUGCCAAUGGAACCAGACAUUGUUAUAUGGAGGGUACUUCUUAGUGCCUGUAAAACUUACAAGAAGCCAGGAGUAGGUGAAAUUGCGAUUGCAAAGAUAUCCCGACUCAGAAGUGGAGACUAUGUGUUGCUGUCUAAUAUCUAUUGCUCUGUAAAGAGAUGGGAUACUGCAGAGAGAGUUAGAGAAAUGAUGAAGAAGACGGGGGUUCGCAAAAAUCGUGGAAAGAGUUGGGUUGAGUUGGUGGGUGUCAUUCACCAAUUCAAGGCAGGUGAUCGGUCACACCCUGAAACGGAAGCAAUAUAUAGAGUGUUGGAGGGAUUGAUCAAACGGAUCAAGCUCGAGGGAUUUACCUCUGUGACAGAGUUGGUUUUGAUGGAUGUCUCUGAAGAGGAAAAGGAGGAAAAUUUGAAUUUUCAUAGUGAAAAGUUGGCAUUGGCCUAUGGGAUCCUAAAAACUAGUCCUGGAACAGAAUUUACAAUUUUUAAAAACUUGCGAAUUUGUCAUGACUGUCAUUGUUGGAUAAAAGUGGUUUCUGCAGUAUUAAACAGAGUGAUAACUGUGAGGGAUCGGAUCCGUUUUCACCGGUUUGAAGGUGGUUUAUGUUCUUGUGGAGAUUAUUGGUAGUCAACCACUCAACCCCCAAAUAGCCAAUAUAUAGGUCCUUUUCAGGACAUUCAUAAGUUUUGGAGUGCAUAACCAACAGUUGCGAAUGGGCUGAUUGCCUGGUAGACGUGAAAAGUCAAUACUGUUUUACAAUCAAUACCGGUAGACGUGAAAAAUCAAUACUGUUUUACAAUCAGCUUUCUAAAAGCAUCUGAAAUUUCUGAAGAGAUUUUCUAUGAGCCUUAGACUUGAAUCAUAUGUAAUUGAAAAUUCUUUAGAAUUGAUGACAACAUGUUCUUAGCCAGGGGAUGAAACCUUGGUCAACGCCAUUGGGUCACUCAUACAGCCAUUAGGUUUUGGCUAUAUAGACUAAAGUGAGAGUUAGAUGGUCAAGCAACGUGAAAUUUUUUAAAGCCUAAUCAUAUGAUUGGAGGUGCUCAGGUUAAAUGGCAAUGCUAUUGGAUUGAGGUGAAACCACACUACCUGUACUAUCCAUGAGGUUGUUUCAUUAGCUGUCCUGGAUUGGUGCUAAUGCCAGUUGGCCGCCAUAUAUCUCUGGGAGCUGGCUCACGUCAAUUUCUUCAAGCAGAGUUGAUGUCAACCUUGUGUUCUCUACAAAUAAUAUCUGCGCAGUCAUGCAACAUAGGGAAUUAGCCCAAGUAUUUGUCUCUGGAGUGCAAAUGCUCAGAUACGUGAUACAUUCUAUGCUUGGAUGGUCCACAUGAACAACAUAUAUCACAUUUUUUACCCAAUGAAGGUACAAAUUCAAAACCUAACCUUCUUCUUGGUAUUUUCAUCGAUAAAAGGGUACACAAUUUUCCAUACCGCCAUGAAUACAUAAGGCGCGUGGACGAGAAAAAGCUUCCCUAGUCUUUCUGGGUAGAAGUCCUGCAUUGCCAUAAACAGUGUUACAAGCCAAUCGAAUGUAAUGUUUUUUUCGCUGAAAUGACUAAAGUUUAUUUGUUCGUUGUGUUUGCAACAAAAUAAUUAAGAGAAAUUGUAUUUAGCUGUUGAA